AGGCACACGAGUAGGACAUACCGGGACGGAGCUCUCACAAGAACCUUUUUUUGCCGUCCUGUUGGUUUAUUUUUCUGCGUUUUAGAGUUGAUAUUCCUAUAUCAUACAUUGACAUAGGCCUAGUCAACUCACUCUAUUUUCAUUUACCCCCAGAUUUGAUCAAAAACGGCAAAAAUUGAUUAUUAAGCACACCAGGUGUACCGGAGGCGACAAUUCCACACCUGUGUUGGGAGUCGCGCACUGCUGCAGGCGACGCUGCCACUACACACAGCUCUUAAGUUAAGAGGCCAUAUGAAGGGGUGCGUGAUGGAAUAUGCGGCCAUGUUAAGUGCGCCGGACCUAGUGUCAGGGUUACGAGACCUACUGGCUGACCCUGACCAGGCGGUGGUGAAGCGCACUAUACGGGUGUUUGCUAACGUGUACCGCCACGCCCUGCAGCUAUUAACCUCAGGCGACCUGGACGAGGUUACCUUUAAUGGUGCCUGGCCAGCGGUCAAGAGUGUAGCAGAACACCUCAUACACAUGCUGACCACAGCCGAGAACGAGGGUUUGAUCAUACACAUUGUUCGCUUCCUGGAGGCGGCGCUGGUUGCCCACCUGUUGAGUGACGUGAACCGCUUCUCAGGUCUUGCUGCUCAGAGCCCCAAGAUGGUUGCCAAGGGAAUAGCGGCACUCAAAGGAUUGGUAACCACGCCCUACGUCGGGGGCUCAGCCUUCAUCGUGGCGGUGCGAGCCCUCAUCACCGUCGCCUGUUACAAGCCUGACCUAUGGGGACCUGUCACCAAUCUCAUAGAAAAACAGAUUGCGUCACCGCCUCCUACACUGUUCGACCACAACGUGCGGUCACUUCACAAGAUACUACAAAGGAACCUCUUCCGUUUGUUAAGACGAGCUGACUCCACUGCUCUGCGUCGUCAGCUGAUUGACAUGAUGGUGACUGUGGGCGUCCCGCGUCGCAUGCUUUCCCAGUGGGCCCCGCCACAGGAAAGCCGCAAGAGACCAUCUCAGAUGGCACAAAGUGAAGACUCCAUCACCGGCCGUAACACUCCGCCCACCAAACGACCCAAACACGAGGGUGAAGAUGUCCAGGAAAGCCGAACAACACCACCAAGAGAUCCUCGCGAGGCACGCGACCCCAGAGAACCACGUGUCCCCCGCGACCCCAGAGAAGCACAUGGUGAGUCAUGGGACCGGAGAGUCAGUGUUGAACCCAGAGACCCGCGAACAGUUCAGCGGGCGGACCCACGACUCAGUCCUCCUCUCGACCCACGAGCGUCUGUCAGCCAAGACCCGUCCAGCAAGCCUAAUACACCACCAGCAUCGGGCAGGUCCACACCUGAAGAAAGAAAAGUUGUUAAACAUAAGAAAGUUAAGGAAGUUAAUUCAAACUUUGAGUUUUUGAAGAGUUUGAUAACAAGCACAAAGAAGAAGCCAGAAUUGUCCACAGAGCGUUUUUCAGAGAAGGAGCGAGCACUAUACGAGCGGCUGGAUCACCCUCAUGUGGUGGAGCUGGUGUUGUCUUGUCUAGACAGCGUGCCAGACUCUCCCCCGGAGGAUUUACUCACGAAGCUUGGUCAUGGCAGCGGUGACGUAGACGGCAUCAGGGAACACUUAACUCGCCUACUGGCGCCGCACAUCCACACUGAUUUCAUCAACAGCCUAACUCCCGUAGAAGAUGACAACACCGCUUCCAACUCCAACCCUCCAUCAAGACCGUCUUCCACUUCCUCUGCCUCAACUCCCUUCUCACAUCGCAUAACUCCACCUCUGUCUAACCAGCGGGAACCUUCGCCGCCGUCUCCUCCCUCAUCCAACCGCUCAACGCCCACAGAUCUUACACAAAUAUGCAACUCUGAUGUUGAUCUUCGCCAGUUGUUGAAUAAAGGAUUUAAGACUACAGGCGACGUAGACAUGAGAACUGGUGACCUUCUGCGACCAACCCGAGACCCCAGGGGUGCUACAGCAGACCAAAAACUUGCAACAGAUCUAAAAACUUCUCAGCCAGACCCAAGAACAGUUAGAACAAGCAGACCGGAACCCCUUGAUAAUAAAGGAGACACGAGGACACAAGUAAUCAACACUAGUACGCAACUAGACCCCAGGAUCGCCAUGACUGACUCCAGGAGGACGAUGUCUGAUCAUACAGACUUGUGUAUAAACAAUAUGGACCCUAGAAUCACCCAUUCCUUCAAUGAUGCCAGAGACCCAAGAAUGGGCAACUGUCCUGACCUUCGUGAACAGAUACUGGUCAACAACCAACGCAGCUUUAUGGGAAUGGGUAAUGGUAUGCCCGGCCCGAGGAACAUGAUGCACAACAACUUCCAGAAUUUCGGGAACGGCGGCGGCAUGAACCGUCAGGACCCACGGAUGAUGAAUGGCCCACUUGGGAUGGGGAUGAGUAACGGCCCCAUGAAUCCCGCGGGAAGGAUGGGGAAUGUUAAUGACCAGGGCUUUAUGGGGGGUGGUAAUAAUAUGUACGGUCCUGGGCCAGGUGGUAUGAAUGGACCAGGUUGUAUGAAUGGAGCAGGUGGUAUGAAUGGAUCAGGUGGUAUGAAUGGGCCAGGUGGUAUGAAUGGACCAGGUGGUAUGAAUGGGCCAGGUGGUAUGAAUGGACGGGGUGGUAUGAAUGGGCCAGGAUGUAUGAAUGGGCCCGGUGGUAUAGGUGGACCUUGGCAAGGGAACAUGCAACAAAAUCGCAUGGCUAUGAUGAUGCCCAUGAUGAACGGUGGUCACGGUAUGUUCCCUCAGGCGCCGCCCAUGCACUUGUAGCUGGGGCAGCCCACACCUCUUGCACACUGUCCUUCCUGGCAACCAAACAAUUACGGGCCAAAUAUAAACUAAGUUAGUGUAUAGACUGUAGUUACUCUCAACCAUUUCCCAAAGGUGCUGAUAAAUUUGGGGAGUCAAAAAUGUUAAUAAUUAGAUAUGUUUUACUUCAGUCCAGGGUGUGGCAAUAUACUGUUCUCGUAUCCAUGCGAAUGCCUGUGUGUAUAUAUAAAAGCAACGUUGAUAUUGUCUAUGGUCACAUCAUUUAAUUUUUAUAUUGCCUACAUAUCAAUAUAAAAGUCUAUCUUUGACAUGACCGCUAUUUGUGCACACAGACACUAAACGUUUAAACACAAACACAGUAUUAUCCUGAUAUUUGAACCUCUGAAGUGGUUCUUCAGAGCUGAAGAAAUCAUUUUGUAAACUUAGUACUUAACUCAGCUACUUUAAUAAGCUCAUCCCUAAACCUAUUAUCUGUUAUAUUAUUAAAAAGUUUCCUUGCUUGUGUGGUGAACUACAUCAUACAGGAAGGAAAGAGUUCCUAGUGAUGUUAUGUGUACAUCUGGCUCCCUAUGGUGAUGUUAUGUACACAUCUGCCUCCCUAGUGGGGAUAUGUACACAUCUGGCUCCUUAUGGUGAUGUUAUGUACACAUCUGCCUCCCUAGUGGGGAUAUGUACACAUCUGCCUCCCUAAUGGUGAUGUUAUGUACACAUCUGCCUCCCUAGUGGUGAUGUUUUGUACACAUCUGCCUCCCUAGUGAUGUUAUGUACACAUCUGCCUCCCUAGUGAUGCUAUGUACACAUGUGCCUCCCUCAUGGUGAGAUUAUGUACACAUCUGUCUCCCUAGUGAUGUUAUGUAAACGUCCUCCCUAGUGGUAACAGGUAUGUACACACACCUGCUUCCCCAAAACUAGCUAUAAUAAUAUUUAUGUGAUGAAUGACCUGUACAUUACUCUUUUUUUUUAUAUUUUGAAUAUACAAUACUUAAUA